AAUCACAAUCGCAUUAAUUAAUAAAUCAGUUUGCGGAGAUAUGCCACGACAAUGGAUGCUUAUAUGUGCUCAACUUGCCGUACUCGCUUCUGCUCUAUUUGGGUACAUAUCGGCUGCACCAAACCAUUAUGGAACAAUAUCAGUAGUAGGACCAGCUUUUGUGAACAGGGAGGUAACACUGAAAGCGACACCGUUCUACCCUUGGGGAUGUCACGUAGAAUGGAAAUACAUUAUUGACGGACAAACACAAGUUCAAACAAUGGAUGCUGACUUUGCUACAAGAUAUUCGGCGGAUGAAUCAUUCUUUUUGAAAUGGAAGGCAACAGUUGCAUACAACAAAUCUGUCUUCUACGCCGUAUGUUCAACUAACACAUCGAUUAGAACAAACAUCGUAUCAUUAAAUAUGACAGAUAUUGUUGGAAAAUGUGGAACUCUCGUGCUAUUAAACCAAGUUGUUCAAGGCGAGGAUGUCAAAUUAGGGUACUUUCCGUCUGACCUUUCUAUAUGGUACGAAACAUCCCUUAGACGAACAUGGAUUAAGAACAGCAAAGAGUUAAAGCUACGCGAAGGUUAUAACGUAGAGGAAGAAUUAUCUGCAUAUCUUUACACAUUAACGGUACUCAACUUUGAUAAAAAAGAUGAGGGAUCAUAUGUUUUAGUAUGCAAUGCAACAGCAACCACGGAAUCUGUGCAGCUUUAUAUUCUAGAGAGACCGAGUUACCCAGUUCUCGGUCCAAAGUCCCCUGACUUUAAUACAACAGAAUGCAUUUAUGUUUAUGGAGGCUCCGACUUGUAUUGCAAAACUGAAAAUGGAACAAACCCCGUACAAGUCGAACUUAAACUGGACCAGAAUUCAUUUGUUCUUGCUGAAAGCAAAGAGAUCAAAGGGUUAUACCGAUUCCAUGACCUUUAUCAACAAAUGGCUGGACUGUCAAGACAGAAUGUGACAUGCCUAGUUUCAAAUCCAGCCCUUGAAACACCCUACGACGUGCAUGGCAUUCUCUGUAACGUAGAGAAAGGUACCCGGCCCGUGAUAACAGUUCCUGAAUUCCUUGAUGGAGAAAGUUCGACAACAGUCUGUGAAGUGCACAAUGCUUUCCCAGCUCCGGCAAUAGAAAUACGCGUUGGCACAUUUUUGCUAGCUGAUGUUCAACAAACCGAUUCAUUUAAUAUAUCUUCUAAUACUUUUACAAGCCGUGCAAAGGCGACAAAGACUAAUAAGACGUGGAAUGGAAAACAAAUGUGUUGCACCAGCAAACAUGAUUUUGGUUUAACAAAAAUUCCAAUAUGCAAAAACAUCAGUAUAAAAUAUCCUCCGUCGGAUCUUUCCAUAUACGUCGACAAAAAACAUAUAUAUAGCAACAAUGUUUCUGUCUAUAUCUUAAACAUGUUUUGUGAAACGGAUGCAUCAAAUCCGCCUUGCACAAUUGAAUGGGAAAGUGACAACGAUAAUUUAAGAUACGUUCACAUCAACAAAUGGACGGAUCGUGAAAAUGGGAGUUUCCGAUCUGUUGCCAACGUGCUCUACAAUGUCACUAAAGACAUGGCGGGUGUAACUAUUACAUGUUCAACAAUAUGCGACCAUUUCCCAUCGCAUUUAAAUGCAAGCUAUGCAAUAUCAUUUUCUGGAAGUCAAACCUUUGGAAAUGACAAUCAAACAUUUUCUUCAACAUCCCGAUAUCCUAUCGACAAGGUACUUCUUGGGACAGGCGUUUCCUGUGGAUUCUGCAUCUUGUUUAUUAUCGGAAUCGGAAGAUAUGUUUUGCUGAAACGGCGAAAGGUCAACGCAAUCAACACAAUAGAGAUUGUUGAAAAUCACAGCGACACUUCCUCGGACAAUGGCAUGCUACACAUAGCAACGGAAGGAGUUCAGUACGCAGUCGUCCAUAGGCAGGCGGCCACACGGUGGACUGAAACGCAGCAACCACAUGAUGACGACAGCCUAACGUACGCCGAGUUGAACAUCAAGUUCCUACAGGAAGCUAACGCCAGAGUUCUUACAAAGACAAAGAACACGCCGACAGAGUAUGCUGAGCUUACGUUUGCCUCAACACAGAAAUCUGCUUAAGUAGAUCAUGGGCACCACAAUACAUCAGCCUAGAUCUCUAGGUCGUCAAAGACAGACAAUCUACAAGAAAUACACUGCCUUGUUUUGUUUCUAUACUGUUUUGUAAUAUGUCUAUGUUUGAUCGUUUCAUCUUGAACAGAAAUGACUAUUGUUGAAACAAAGUCCAAUUAACAACAAAGUUAAAUUAUUUGUAUUUAUUCAAAUACUUGAUUAAACAAUUGAUUUAUUCGGCAAAAAGGGGUGGGCCUCGAUUGAUGUGCUUUUUCUGACUGUCUUCAGUAAAAGGUAGCUUUUAAUAUUAUACAUAUUAAGACUUUAUAAUUACUGCAAUACAGUUUGGUUACUGUCUUUAUUUAUUUCAAUAUGACAUUAAUAAAAACAGGUAUACACUUUGUAUGUAAGGCAAACAAAGCGUUAGUUUGCAAACAUUUUUGUAAUCCACUUCAUAUAAUACUAAUAAAUUUAUAAAAACAGGGAAAUGUUAAGUAUUUGUUGUAUACAUAUUUCGUUAAUGUUUACGAGCCUAAUGCAUUCCACUAUAUUAAAGAGCACAUUUUUUUUUCAAAUUGGAACCAUCUCCUAUUAAAUGUACUUCAAAGUUCUUCAUUGUAACUAUUGUUUUCUCUACAAUGCCUAUUUGUUUAGGAAAGGUAUGUGACUAUGAUAUCAGCCACGUGGCGGUGGGUGGGGUAACGUGAUUUCCAAUGGGAACGUUCGCGGAAGGAAAACCAGAGGAUGCGAGAAAACUGUGUUGAACUGGGCUUUUUUCUCUGGACGUUGCUGGGUGCAUUACAAUAUAUUAUUGUUUCAUUUCCUCGAUUUAAUCUUUUGUCAGGUGCUUAUUUUAACCAAAUGUCAAUUCCAAAUUCCGAAAUAAGUCGUCAUCAUCGUCAUUUAAUAUUUCUUCAACUGUUCCAUCCAUCAUGAAAUCAAAAUGUACAUUAAAAUCAAUCAAAUUAUCGUUGCUCAUUUUGUUCUAAUUGCUUUACUGCAGAUUUUAGUUUUGCAACUUGCCAAUAAUUUUACUACGAUUUCAUUGAAAAAAAUAGUUCCGUAGUAAAUAUGCCCCGCCUAUUAGUAUAUCUGCGCCCAAUGACCGGACAGAAGUAUCGAACAGACGCAUGCAAUUUCGAUUGGAAAUGCCAUUGAACUUUAAACAGAAAUAAUGUGAAAUUGAUUAACAACAAACAUCGUUGAGGAAUGAAGUAUUAAUGUAAAUAUUGACCGUUAAAUGUGCGGUAUCGUUGUCAAC